GCGACAAGCUGCUCCGGCCAUUCACGGAGCGCCAGGACAAUGAGGUGAACAGCGAGUCCCAAGCAGACGCUCAUGCGAUAGAGGCCCUUGUCAAGGAGCGCGACGGCGCAGAGGCCGCGGCGGCCGAGCUGGAGGAGAAGUUGCGCGCCAUGUACGACAUCUCAACCCACAACGCGGAGGUCCAGAGGCGGCUCGACCCCUUGGGCGUCAGCGCGCCGCCCAUCGACCAGGUCAACGUGUCGUUGUGCCCUCCUCAACGGAUGCGCCAAGAGCUGGUGGCCUUCUACGACGCUUCGUUGGGGCCGAUGUUGGAGAAGUUUCAGCGGUACGCCUCCUGCGUGGCGAACGCCCGCAAGUGCUUCCAGGCCAUGGGCGACCGGCGCGAGCUGCUGCUGGAGAGCGUGCGCGCGGCGCGCACGCGGCUCCUCGCAGACCUCGAGCCCGACCGCGACGGCGAGGGCGCCGAGUGCGUGUCGGAGGAGGACGCCGCCAAGGAGCGCGCGCUGCACAGCGAGGCGGGCAAGAAGCUCGCCGCGGCCUUCUGGGAGGAGGAGGAGGACGCGAUCUGCCAGGGCGUCGAGGCGCUGCGCGUGCGGGCCGAGUUCGCCGCCGAGUUGCUGGACGAGUGCGACAAGAACGUCAAGAUGCUGCAGGCCGUGGCGGACAAGACCAGGUGGGCCGCGAAGGACGCCAGGCGCGACGCGGCCCCGCUGCCGCGGGCCGACGCCCAGGACUUGCCCGCAGAGGACGAGGCCGAGAUGGUGUUCGAGAUCCGGCGCCUGACGGUGCUGAACGAGGCCGAGGGGGAGAAGGCGCUGCUCCAGCGCGCCCAGGAGCGCAGCUCGCUGCACACGCGGCAGCUGCAGCGGCACCUUGACAGGGGCCGCCGCUGCGAGAAGGAGCCGCGCCAGAGGAGGGCGGAAGCGAGGCA